AUGUCUCUGCUCCAGAUCUAUCCCGACUUGGGUGGCUCCCCUGAUCUGCGAAUUGCGUCUCCAAUAGUCGAGAAGGUAGAUAUCAUCAUCGUUCCAGGACUGAAGCCCUCGCGAAAACCGGUGACAGGUUCGGGCUACCGAGAUGACCUUACCCAAGCCUUUAUCGAUGGCCUCCUCCCUAUUGACUUCCCAAAUUCAAGAGUACUUUUCUUCGACUUUGAUCCUCAGUCGGCUUUUCGGUCUGGUUUUACGGAAAACGGAUUGGCAACUGUGACCCUACACCUCCUUCAACAUGCUAUCAAACUAAGACGAAAAGAUCCUUUGCGGCCAAUAAUUUUCAUCGCACAUGGUUUGGGCGGAAUACUCGUCAAGAGUGCCUUGCUUCGUGCAGCACUAGACUCGAGGUUCAAGACAAUUAGAAGGGCAACUAAAGGAAUCGCCUUCUUUGGAACACCUCAUCGGGCAAAAUCUCCCGACGCAACCUUGGAGACUCUAGUGUCGGACUUUGCGUCGCAGCUAAGAGUUCCUGUCUUUUUACGGGCAAUCGUCAUCUCUAGUGAUAGCGCAACUCUCGGGCUACCCGAAGAGCAAGAGUCAAUCAUUGCUCUGCCAUCAUCACAGCAUGACUUCUGGGCGUUUACAAGCUCGAGUGACCCAAACUAUUGCAUCUUCCGCAAUAAAUUAGCGUGGCUACUGGGAUGGAUCGCGCAGUCAGAUCCUGUUCGAUACAGUCUCGAAUUCCAAGACCUAAAAUGGCUACGACACUUACUACCCCCGGGUCUCAAAUCGAGAGAGCAUCUCAUCCAAGAGCCCGUCGAGGGCACAUGCAAGUGGAUUUGGUCGCAUCCAUCCUUCGACUCCUGGCUGCAUGCCGAUAAGAGCACAACGCUAUGGUUAACAGGAAAGCCAGGCAGCGGCAAAUCAACAUUGUUGAGAUAUGUAUCAGACUAUCUCUGCGACUUUUCUGAUGAGACUCCGUAUGAGCCUCUUGCUGUCGCUCGUCGUUCCUUCGCUGUCGCGAACUUCUUCUGCGAUUUUUCGGCUCCUCCAAAGUCGUCGGAAAUUAUUCUACGCUCCCUUCUGCACCAAGUUCUCACAGUACAACCGUCUCUGCUUCGUUACCUUACCCCAGUGGUCAAAAGGAGACGCCAAUGGUCUACCGGCACUGAGUUCAGUCUGGUCACCGCGCUGAGGGAAAUCUCAAAGCACAGAGGCAUCGUCUGCGUGAUAGACGCGCUGGACGAGUGUGACGAUGGUGUACGCACCAGUCUUCUUGAUUCAUUGGCAGACCACCUGGUCUCUCCUUCUGAAGAGUCUUGGAAAUCUCCUUGCGCGCUCGGCGGCAGUUGCCCUUGUCGCACGUCUUCUCCGCAGUUGAAGAUUAUCCUAUCUUCUCGACCGAAUCUCUCAAUACGCAAUCAUGAGAACCCCAAUGCCCAACAUCUCAGCCUCUCUACAGGAGUAGCUGCAUCAAGUUUGGCAAAGGACUUCCAAGCAGUCAUCAAAUCCAGCUUUCCUCUUCUCGGAUUCAAUGAUGAAAGGCUUGAAGCUCUUCUUCCCAUUGCGCGUCAUCUGAUUCGAGUUGAAAAUGCUGCCGGUGUCUUCCUUUGGACAAAACUUGCCCUGAAGUCACUGCAGUUCCUGGAAACGCGAACCAGCGAGAAUCUGUUGAACAGCCUGGCAAACCUUCCGACCAAUUUGAACGACAUGUACUCGUCGAUUCUGUCUUCUAUCAACAAGAAGAAGUCUGAAGAGAAGUCAUACAUCCUGAAAUGUUUGGAUUGGGUCAUCUUUGCUCGGAGGCCUUUGCGAGUUGAGGAGCUCGCUGCCGCUAUUGCUUUCGAAACCAAGAACAGCUAUCAGCAUGGAAGCCCAACCUCAAUCUACCCACACAGCUUCCUAGAUCUUGGCUACAAAUUCAGCCGCAGGUCUGCCACAAUUCGCUUCUCCCAAGUGCCUCUCAUCGAAAUCAAAGGCUCUACGCAACACAAUGGAACUACCAUGACAAAGCUUCAGGUCAAUCUCAAAAAAGGUAUCGUGCUUUCUUUCCUUGGCAAGGAAACCGAGAUCGCGAAUCUUCUUCGACGAAAUUACAUGAAGGCCGAUGAGUGUACCCCUAAGGGAGAGGAAUGGACGCCGCUGAUGGCCGCAUCGUGGAGUGGGCAUGAGUCUGUGGUUCAGCUUCUCCUCCAGCAACAUAUUGACUACGCUACACAUCCGGAUCAUUCCUCCCGGGCCCUAACGCACGCAAUCGAGCGGGGACACACGCUCAUUGCUCAGGAAAUCACGAUGGCUUUUGCUCAGCCAACAGCGGGAACAUCUCUAUCGCUCCAGGUUCUGUCUCAUGGGGCGGACUCUCCUCUGGCAACUGCCGCACGGCAUGGUCACUCGGAAAUAGUUUCAUUGCUCCUUAAUACCGGAGUUUCUGUCAACUCUCACUGGUCCUUGCCGGAUAGAGAAUCAAAGCUCAGGAAUCUGGGUUCUGUGCACUAUGAAUGGCUGGGUGAGAUCACGCCGCUGGCACUUGCCGUAAGCCAGAAUGACAUGGAUAUGAUAGAGGUUCUCAACGCAUCAGGCGUCAGUUUCAAAGACUACGACUAUUUGAGCCUCGCUGCUAGUACGGCGAAAAGAGGCGAAGACGAAAUCGCGCGACACCUUGUCUCCCUCGGAUGUCCUGUCAAUGAGAGAAAUCAACUUGGGGAGACUGCCGCGGAUAUUGUGGCGCUUCAAGGCAACGCUGCUUGGCUUCAACAACUUCUCGAUUCCGGAUCCUAUCCAAGCAAUUUUACAUGGAGGAACGCGCUAAAGAGCGGCAGCAUCGACACCUUGCUCGUCUUGAUCAAGGCCUGUCGGGAGGAAAUCGAGCUCUCGCCAAAGCCCGUUGAAGUGUACCACCAUUACCUCAUAUGUGGAGAUGUUCCCCUUUGUUACAGUCAAGCUGUAGCCUAUCUCAGGUCCAAACGCAUUAUGGAUCACCGCAGUAUCCAGAUCGAAGUCGAUCGCAAUCCCACCCUCGUUGACUCCGACAAUAAUACGGUCAUGAACCACCCCAAUCGUGAGAGCAACUCGCCGUUGCGGGGACCAGCGUCCGGCACCAGCGGCCGAGGUCAGGACCAGCCGCGCGGCUUGGGUUCAACUCCCAGCAACUCUCGUAGACGCCCUAUUCCCGAGCGUCAAAGAAAUGUGACGGGCUCAAGAACUCCCAGGUCUCUCUUGACUGAUGGCCUCGAGGAAAAGAUCCCCGAUAAGAAGAGACCCAACCCUGACGAAUCGGAUUCAGACAGCAAAGUGAAAGGUCGUUUUGUUGUCAUCAAACCUGGGUCCUUCCCCCAUGAUCAUGUCGAAGUCCGAGCAACAACCACCGACUCGAGCUUCUUCGACGACUUGCAGAUGAAGUACUGCAUUCGGCGAAGCAAGUUCAAGACCUAUUUUUCUAUCCACCGGUUCCAUCAUUGGGGAUUCGACAGAUACGAACAUUUCAGAGGCAACUACUGUUCGAUCGCCGACGGCUGCGCAAAGAGCACCCUGCUACCCGAAGCACCGUUAGAUCAGGACUACGAUUUCAAACGACUGGCCAACGAUAUGCCGCCGAUAUCCCAGCCGAUAUUCUACAGCCACUGCUACGACUGUAAACCCGACUGCUCUCGAAUCAGAAUGCUGCACAGCUGUACGAAUCCAACAGCGGGGAAGCUGGACGAGGAAUGUGCCCCGGAGUACAGCAUGCGCGUGGCCGAGCUUUUGUCACGGGUACCCAAACGAUUCCUAGAGUGGCAGCCGAGAAAUCUGGACCACGAGGUGGCAUACGGGCUGUCUUCGUUUGAGCUACCGAACGUAUGGGGCUUCGUCAUGUACUCUAUUCUUUGUUUCAUAUUACCAGCGGCACUGUUUUGGAUUUUCUGGUUGUCGAUCAUGGGACACGAGGCCGAUUUGCAGAAUGCUAGUGUACCGGCAACACUAGGCGCUGUUUUUUGGGUCAUACUUUACCAGAGCACGGCGGGGAAGCGAUGGUGUCAAAAGAUGCAGUAUUAG